UUUAGGCUCAUCCUGAGAAGUUCUGUGGAAAGCCCUUGGAAAUUUUGCAUGGAUUAAUUCGACAUGGUGCUUACUUCAUUUUAUUGAAUCUUCUCAUUAAGAACACUUAUGUUCAGGUGAAUGAGAACCAAUGGAGCAGAAAAAAAAAUCCAGAAGUGGACCCAUUAAUAUCUGGACAGCUGAUUGAUGAGACUGGCACAAAGGUUGACCCCAAAGCCUUGAGAUGGAGAGUGAAUACAAGAAAAUUCUGUUACUCGAAGGCAUGGAUAAUCUCGAUGAUGAGGAACUGGAUAGGUUUAAGUUCUUCCUUCCGGAUGAAUUUAACAUCCCUAAAGGCAGACUAGAGGCUGCAAACAGGACGAACUUAGUGAAACUGAUGAUCCAGAGUGAGGGUGAAGUGUCUGCUCUGACGAAGACCAUCAGUAUUCUCAAGAAGUUGAAAUGCAUGAACUUGGCAAAAUGUCUUCAGGAGGAAAAGGAGAAAGUUGAUAAAAGAUACACCGAGAAUGAAAAGAAAAAUGAAACGAAGUUAGUAAGGAAGAAAAGUGACACUAAGACAAGUUCUGCUGAGCACGUAGCCAGUGGAGAUGGGGCCACUGCUCAACCAGCUGCCCCAGCAGUCUCUCCUCCAGCUAAGCCUAAACAGAAGCAGGUGGUAGCCCAGCAGGAAGCUGUGAGGCAAGAAGGCUUGCAGGAAGGCCCGAUGACCGUCAUGGUGCUGAAAGCAAUGAAGCCCUUCAAGUUUGAGACUCAGAGGGGGCAGCAAGAGAUGUUUCAUGCUACAGUGGCUACCGACAGAGAUUUCUACUUUGUAAAAGUCUUCGAUACACGACUUACAGAUAAAUUCUGCCGAAAGAAAAUAAUAAUAAUAUCAAAAUAUUAUUGGCACAAUACUUUCCUAGAGGUGAAUACUUCUUCAGUUGUGUUGGAUGCUGAAGCUGACCAAAAGGUCAAUGUUCCAAACAACAUAAUUAGGAAAGCUGGUGAAACUCCCAAGAUAAGGGAUCUUCAAACUCGGCCCCUUGGAACAAUUGUGAAUGGAGUAUUUAUGGUCCAGGAGAAAACAGAAAAAGAAAAUGGUACAUUAUUUGGCCUCAACGAUGACACAGGCAGUAUGAACAUAUUGGUGCUUAAAAGUCAGCACAAAAUAAAAUGUGAGAAAGGAGAUAAGCUCAGACUUACAUUCUUUGAGCUGUCAAAAUAUAGAAGAAAUCUACAGUUGAUAUCUGGAGCUCAUAGCCAAAUUACGGUUUUUGGUCAUAGUUUCCAGCAGGCCCACAGCCAAGGACAGGAUUCUUACAAGUUUGUCAAUGUAACUUUGGUCCUUAAUAAGUUCCAGCAUACCCCAGAAAAAGUGCUGCCCCCGCCCCGUAAAACUAUGUGGAAAACAAAAGAGGGUGAGGCAGGACGUAGUGGUCAAGCCGGUAACGGGAAAUAA